GGAGGAGGGAGAGCUGGGAGAGUUGCGCGAGCGCGAAGCCAAGGCAUCGACGACGGCGCCCAGCCUCGGACCGUCUCCCCUUCCUCCGCGCGCGCCUGCAGGCAUGCUGAAGGCUCCCUGUUACCCCGCGGCGGACCCUGCGCGCGCCGUCAUGCGCGGCACCUGGUUCGGCACGAGCUGCGGGGACGGCGUUGCGGGGAUGAAGGCGGAGAUGGUGAAGCAACAGCAACAGCAGCAACAACAGCAGAAGAAAAAGAAGAGCGCCUUCUACCUGGUAAAGAUGAAGACGUUCGGCAGCAAGAAGCCGCCCUCCUCCAGCGGGACCAACGGCGGCAGCGGCAGCAGCAGCAGCGUGCCCUUCAUCAUCCACUGCCACAUCGGCAAGGAGAUCAAACACAUCUGCAGCAACUGCAGCCGCGGAACCGCGCCGCGAGACGCAGAGGAAGUCGAAAGGCUGGCUGCAAUGCGCUCCGACUCCCUCGUACCUGGGACCCACACACCACCUAUCCGACGAAGGAGCAAAUUCGCCACCUUGGGCCGCCUUCUCAAACCCUGGAAGUGGCGGAAGAAGAAGAGUGAGAAGUUUAAGCAGACCUCAGCUGCCCUGGAGCGCAAGAUGUCCAUGAGGCAGAGCAGGGAGGAGCUGAUUAAGCGAGGUGUGCUGAAGGAAAUCUUUGAGAAAGACGGGGUGCUCGCUGUAACAAAUGAAGAUGGGAAGUUAGAAAACGGGCAGUCACCGGGCUCCCUUGCCAACACGUUAGCGUGUGACACAACGGAUCAUACCUGUCAGGCGCUGUCCAGCCCCGAGUUGAUUGACGGGACAGCCUCUGUGGAGUUCCGCUCAUCUGUGGAGGGCGGAGUCUGUUCCCAAGACCCCUCUACAAAAUCCGCAGUGCCGCUGCCUGCUAAAAAAAUGGUUGCCUUCUCUGGUGACAGCCAGGACACACCCGCCAAGCCACCGCUAUUUCACAAACAGCCGCCAGCGCUACCACCAAAGCCCUUUUCUCGAAUCCCGAACCACAUUACAGACAUGGGCCAACCCAUCAAGCUGCCCUGCAUGGUGAGCAAGAUGUCGCCCCCUCUGCCACCCAAGAAGGUGAUGAUCUGUGUGCCUGCUGGGGGCCUGGAGCCCUCGCUUUCCACCUUCUCCCAGAGAGUAGCCCCGCAGCCGCUCUCAAUGCAUCAUGGCACCCUACUGCCCACGCCGCUGCCACUCCCACUGGGCUAUGGCACCCUGCCUGUGUCUAUGCGCCCGUCGAGCCGCGUCAUCGAGGAACUCAACAAGACACUGGCGCUCACCAUGCAGCGCCUGGAGAGCUCGGCGAUGCAUGGGGGCCAGUGUUCACUGCUGGACACCAGACCGCUGCCUGCCAUGCUGGUGGAGUGUGAGGACGACAAGGAGAAUGUGCCCAAUGAGUCUGAUUAUGAGGACCUGCCCAGCAUGUACAAAGAUGAAGAAGAGGAGGAGGAGGAAGACGACGAGGAUGAUGACGAGUCAUUGUUCACAAGUACGCUAGCUCUGAAAGUCCUGAGAAAGGACUCGCUGGCCAUCAAGCUGAGUAACCGGCCAUCGCAGCGUGAGCUCGAGGAGAAGAAUAUCCUGCCCUUGCAAACAGACGAGGAGCGGCUGGAAGCCCGGCAGCAGAUCGGCACCAAGCUCACGCGGCGGUUGAGUCAACGGCCCACGGCAGAGGAACUGGAACAGAGAAACAUCCUCAAACCACGGAACGAGCAGGAGGAGCUGGAGGAGAAGAGGGAGAUCAAGAGGAAGCUGACGAGAAAGCUGAGCCAAAGACCCACCGUCCAGGAGCUGAGGCAGGCUAAGAUUCUGAUCCGCUUCAGCGACUAUGUGGAGGUGGCUGAGGCACAGGACUACGACCGACGUGCUGACAAGCCCUGGACACGCCUCACGGCUGCAGACAAGGCAGCCAUACGGAAGGAACUCAACGAAUUCAAGAGCACGGAAAUGGAGGUGCAUGAGUCCAGCCGCCAUCUAACCAGGUUUCAUCGGCCAUAGACCCCCCUUCAAAUGGGCAGGUUUUUUUUUUCUCCUCCUUUUCGCAAAGAAUCGAAAGUGCUGGAUCUUACAAGGUGCCCGUGUCUACGGCAAGGCCACAUCUCUUCUCCAUCUGAGUCCUUGCAGAGGCCAGGAGAUAGUUGCCGAUGCCGUCAGGAGCCCACGGACAUCUGGACGCUCCUCAUACAACCCUUCCCCGCUCACACUAGGCCGGCUGGGAACUAGAGGCCACAGUAGUGGUCCUUCCUCUCCACUGGGGAGGCUCCAUCCAGCCUGCCACCUUCCUUUGCUCGGCUCAGCGGCUCCACUUACCAUGCUCCCGUCCCCCAUCUGCCAUGGCUUGUCAGAGCGAGAAACCCAGAAGUAGGGGUGGGUCUCUCAGCUCAGUGUGGAAGGGUUCAGGGGCCCACUCCACUUCUCCCCUCUCAGGAGACAGGUGGCAAGUGAAAUGAUUUUAGACCCACUGGGGUUCCUGUGCAAUAUUCCUCUCGUCUUGGUAUGGCGCCCCCUAGAGUCCACUGUGCCAUUCAUUCGCAGCUCAUCACUGAGGCCAGGAGUGUGACGGCAGCAGGAGCCAACCGACAGCGUGUUUUCACUGCUAACUACGAAGACUGUGAUGUCUGCAUUUUAUAAUGUACAUAUUCUGUUUAUACCCGAAUAUCCAAAACAAUAUUUAACGUACUGUGGUGCUGCAGCACUGGUUCAUAGUGGGACGUCAGAAGGUCAACUGUAAAUACCGAGGCAAAUAUUGGUUAAAGGUUCAUGUAAAGGUCUCAGAUUUCAAAUGAACCACUUUUUUACAAUUUUUUUAAAGUUAUUAUUUUUUGAUUCAUUGCACUUUUUUUAGCUAUUGCCAGAGAGAGUUAAAAUGGGCACAGCUGCCUGUGGUGGUACGUAAGAAUCUGUUUCAUGUGGGUGGGACUUUUGAAAAAGUAAUUUUAUUUUCUGUCGUCUGUUGUGCUUUAACUGUGAGAUCGAGAGCCAUUGGAUGCAGAAGUGACCACUUUGUGUGCCAUCUUCAUGGUUCCUCAGAGCAAUAUUCUGAAGCAAUUUGUUCAUCCAAAGGUUUUUCAUGUCUUCAUUGUAUUUAUGGUCACUUUUUUUGUGUGCACCUGCCAUGCUCUGUCAUUAUUGAUGUGUAGUGAUUGAUGUGUUUUUAAUUCCUUCCUCUGGAGAUAAGACUGUGUCAAGGUCUUAUUUCAUUGGCUAAGUCCCCUCCCCAAUUUCAUACUGAAUACUGUGGAUUGGUGUCCCAUCCAGAGUUACUUUCCUAGCCUAGCGCCCCGUGUUUCUGGCAUAGGCUCCAGAUCUUGGUGACUCUCCACUGAAUAAGAGAACAAGAGAUGAUACUGAAAACCUGCCUUCAGCCCUUUGGACAAUUGCAGUUUCCUCCAGAGACCCAGCUAUUCAUUUUUAAACACUGUACAGGGUAUAGUUUUUUAUUUUAAAGUCCAUCUCCCAGACUGUACAUGCUACAAUGCUGAGUCCUGAUGAACCUAGUAGACCUUUUACAUUUUAAAGUGAUACCAAGUGUUUGACCUGGGGUUUGGACAACUUCCUACAAAUAUUCCCAGAACCCUGUUUUGCUGGCUCCUGGGAGGAUGUAAAAAUGUUAACUAGCCUAUUCACUUAAACUAAAGAAGGUUAUAGAAGGAUUUCCAAUUUUAGAUGAAUAAAUACCAAGUGGAAGCUGCUCUGUGUUCAUCAGCAUUCCCCACUGGCACCUUCCAUGAGAGCUUCUGCACUGGAACCAAAUUUUUAAAAUUAGUCACGUUUUUCUUCCCCCCAAAUGUCACAUAACUUUGGGGCAAAUUUUUUCAGGUCUCUGUCUGUUUCAGCAACAAGUCUUUCAUCCUUGAAGUUCCCAGUUCUCAGUGUGGUAGAAGAAAGCUUGGAAAAAGAGGAUAGUCUUUACAUGUGACAUCCUUAACGUAUUUAAACGUUAUAAUGGAGUUCAGUUUCAGAAAAUCAGGCACAGUAAAAGUAGAACAAAAGCUGCAUUUUAUUGUUUUGGAGAAAUCCAUAAAAUUAUCAUUUAAUCUCAUCCUUCAGUUUUAAUUCAACUAUAUUUCUUAUUCCUUAAAAAUGAUAGAGCAGUAAAGAACUUAUGACGUUUGAAACAUCAUCAUAUGGAUUUAUUCCUCAGGUUCUGUGUGAGCAGCAGGACCAUUGAGAGGUACUCAUCCCGUGUAUGAAAAGGUCCACUGGAUUAACAUGCAUUUGUCAUUUUGUCGGACGGCAGAGGUGUUUUCAGCAAUAACUAAUUUUGAUUCCUUUUUCAUGUGUACAUUUCAUGAUGAAGGCUUGGGAAUGAGUGGAGAUGUUCCUGUCGAAGUACUGAGCUGCCAAUCACUGUCACAUCCACAUUACACGUUCUGGUCGUCUGUACAAUUGUUCUGUUGUUAGAGUGCGUGGGGGGGGUACAGUGGAAGAGAGCUCUCUGUCUGCCCAGCAUACGGUUUUCCAUCCUUGUUCCUCAGUGUUGUGUGUCAGCUGUGGUGAAACCUGGGGCCUGAUGUCCAUCUGUCGUCAUCCUCUCCUUUACUUGAUGUCGGGAGUGUUCAGUGUGGUUCUUCUUCAGAUUUACACGUUCAUGUGGAAAAGGGUUAUGUUUGUGGGUCACAAUUAAUAGAUUAACACUGUACUGGUUUUCGGGUGUAGUUCAGUAGGUAGCACUGGUAUCCCGCUGCUCUUGGGCUGUGGGUUCGAAUCCAGUUCAGCGUAUGUGGAGAAUGUGAUGUACUGGCGUCCUGUUCAGGGUGUAUCCUGCCUCAUGCCCUGUGCUUCCAGGAUAGGCUCUGGGCCACCACCACCCUUUCCUGGACUAGUGGUUAUUAAUACUAGCUGGAUCUCAAAGCUCACUAUAAAUUUCUCUUGUCUCCAGGGCAUUAUGCUGAGAAAAACCCUAUUAUAAAUGUUGUGUGGAGAAACACACUCUGAUAUGUACACUUUUCUAUAUUGUAUGUUUUAUAAUUGAACACACUAAUAUGUGCUGAGGCCACUUUUAUACAGUUUGGAAAACAUGCUAAAAUUAUUUCAACAGAUGGGUUCAGCGAUGACACCUUAGACAGCUUGGUCAUGCAGACACUUGGGAGCAUCUUAAAUAUGAACUUGGAGCAAUAUUUGUCUGAAGGAGGGUGCUGUCCCUUCAUCGUAUUUAACGCUCUGCUGGAUGUCACGUCCAUCAAUUUGCAGUGCUCUCGAACCUCCAGCCAGAGCUUAAUUUUAAUGCUACAUCACCUUUUCCAGAAUUCCAGAACAAAAUAACCAUUCAGGAUGUAGUUAAUACCCCCUUUUCUCCUGGAACAUGUUGUUGGUUCAUCUACACUUGUGCAAAACCUGAAAAUGUGACAUUUUUCUAUUGGAUGAAGACAAGUUUCCUAAAGCACAGUUUUUACUCAAAUUCAUCUCUUUUUGAUAUCACCAAUUUAUCCUGCAAUAACUCUGCUCUCGUGGUCUGGAAUUUGGACUCUGUAGGUCCAAUGGGAUUGUACAGGUCAGAUUAAUCAUGAGCUUUUUGUACGCAAGCAUUUCAGUUUCACUUUGUCUCUGUAUGAACACUUUUUCUCCAUGGCUCAGUGUCGUCUGCUGCUCUGAUCCUUCGCUGUUGUCACUUGCGUGUAUGAAAUCUGUAAAUAAUACGAACUUAAACUGUGUCCGAGUAUGUUUACC